AUGCUUUCUACUCAAUUAUCCAGAUCCUUCAUCGGCGCUACUUCUUUUCAAGGUAAGAGACUUUUCUCUUCCGCUGCUUUGGUCAAGUUCCAUUCUGCCUCUCCGUUGUUCUUGAAGAAAAAAAGCGACAAAAAAUACUACCCUCAUUGCUACCAAGUCUUUUUUUUGGAACAAUACCCAGUGUUGAAAGCUGAACAUAGCGAUGUUUCUCAGAAAGAUCUCUACAGGUUAAUCGGCAAGACAUGGAAAAAUUUGAGCGAAAAACAAAAAAAUGUGUACAGAGACAGGGCAGCAGAAGGAAAGAAAAAACUUCAAGCCGAAGAAGCUGCUGAAGCUGCCGAAGAGGCCAAAUAA